GAGGAUUAGAUAGAAAAUGGAUCUAUGACAUGGUGAAACGAUCUCUUUUUUCCGAUACCGUGUUUUUUUUCGGAGUGCGUGCGCUGUUCCGCGACCCGCCGAUGACGUUUCCUUUUUUACCCAGUGCCUUCCCUUUCUCCCCCGUCUUUGCAGUCUCUCGUGUCUUUUGAGACAUCCGUACUCUCUAACCGUUCGGACUGGCUAUUUUUCAGCAAACGUUUCCAAGUGACACGAAAAUGUGUUGGCCCCCAGCCCGGCUCCUAUACGUCUCGAUGGGAUGCGGUUUGCAUUUUGUUUUCCUUUCAUAGGCUGCGGCUCCCAAUUUCAUCAACUAGAAAACACGCAAAACUUCACCCAACCAGCGGAAGGGAACCAAUACACGCGCACAGAUGCCACUGCUGUCUGGUUUGCGAUUGCAUGGCGGUCACUGGUGCUGAUAUUGAAAAUUGCGAAAAAAAAUUGCGGCUUAAUUCAUUUGGAGAAAGCAACGAUUAAGAUGCGCACCACCAAUUUGCUGCAUCCUUGCUAGCACUUGUGAAGAAUUGCUUGAACAAGCUGCGCCGAGAAGCAUUUCAUUGAACUUGCGUGUUAGCAUGCUUCUGUCGAAGUAAAACACUGGAAAAUCCAUUCGGGUUGAUCAUAGUAGCAGCAGCGACUGGCGGAAUUGCUUAGGACGAGCAGAAACUGAUCCGCCUGGAAUCACCUAGCCCGGAUCCGUAUCGUUGCAGCAACCUCACGAGAAACAGGAGAGAAUCUGGACAAUUUGUGAGCCGUACCCACGCCGCCACACUACACAUACUCGAGGAUGGCUUCGUCAGGAGUUGUUGUUCCACGAAACUUUCGCCUACUUGAAGAGCUCGAAGCAGGACAGAAAGGCGUAGGAGACGGCACCAUAUCGUGGGGUCUCGAGAAUGACGAUGACAUGACCCUUACUCACUGGACUGGCAUGAUCAUUGGCCCACCCAGGACUCCAUAUGAAAACAGAAUGUACUCACUGAAAGUUGAAUGCGGCGAGCGUUAUCCGGACGAGCCGCCGACGUUGAAAUUUCUUUCCAAAAUCAACAUCAACUGCAUCAACAGUCAGAAUGGUGUGGUCGAUCACAGGAUGGUUCCAGUGCUGAGCAGAUGGAACCGUGAUUACACGAUUAAGACAAUUUUACAAGAAAUACGUAGGAUUAUGACGCUAAAGGAAAAUCUUAAGUUAACACAGCCUCCAGAGGGUAGUUGCUUCUAGUGCUCUUAAUUCAAAUCUUCGAAAUCCCGAACACUAUUUCUCUCUUCUCUCUCUUUCUCACUCUGCCUGUGUCCCUCACGUGUGGGUGCAAGUGAGAGGGGAAGAAAGCGCGAAACUAUUGCAAGUGGAAAGUUGUAACAGUGAGGAGAUAAUAAAGAGGAAGAUGCAAAAGCUGAAAGAGAAGUAAGAAUCGAAGUAAGUUAAAAAUCAACCAACACUGAUGAUGAUGAAGAGGGUCAUGCGAAUGGUCAGAUCAGAGGUCCGAUGUGGUGAAGCGCUAUAUAUUAACAAAACUUAUUAGCAAACCAAUAACGAGAGGUUGAUGCAUAUGGAAAAGAUACUAAAAACAGGACACAUGCUAAAAUGGGAAAGAAAAUUGAAUUGUAACCACCGCUUUAUGGGAGCGAUCAGUGCGAGCAUGUAGCAAAUGCAAAUAAUAACUGAACAAUAGGUAACAUCUCUCCCUAUCCCUCCUCCCGCCCCUGUACUGAACAACAAAAUGCAGUAAAAAUGGUUAAAAUGUAGCAAACAAACAGAAAAAAAAUACACGCAAGCACGAAUGCGAAACACCCCUAUAGCUCGUCCGGAAAGAGCGAGUACCACACAUUGAAGAGAAACGGAGGAAAUAAACUUCCUUUUCGGAAAGGCAAA